UAUAACCGAUGCGAUGCGAUGCGACACGACACGAGCGCAGCAGCCUAACGACCUCCUCCGAGUCAUCCGCAUCCGCCGACGGUUCCGUUCCGUUCCCGUAGUGGGACCCAAGAGCUAGGAGGAACCUCUCCAAGUCCCCCGUCUUCUCUUCUCGUUGUUGGCGGCGUGGCGGUGGCGGCGGCGGCGGGAUGGACGACGCCGGGGAGAUACACGCGCUGGGGAGCCUGCGGCGGGACGGAUCGGUGUGGUCGGCCGCCAGCAACGUCUUCUCCUCGCUGUCGUCCGCGGGGAGCGGGGGCGGCGGCGACGACGACGAGGAGGCCCUGCGGUGGGCGGCGCUCGAGAAGCUGCCCACCUACGACCGCGCGCGGACGGCCGUGCUCGCCAUGCCCGAGGGCGACCUCCGCCAGGUGAACGUGCAGAAGCUCGACCCGCAGGAGCGCCACGCGCUGCUGCAGCGCCUCGCGUGGGUCGGCGACGACCACCAGCGGUUCCUCUCCAAGUUCAAGGACCGCGUCGACCGAGUGAGGAUUGAGCUGCCCAAGAUCGAAGUGCGUUACCAGAACCUGAACGUCGAGGCAGAGGCGUAUGUCGGCAGCAGGGGGCUGCCCACCAUCUUCAACACAUACGCCAAUGUGCUCGAGGGCAUCGCAAAUGCUCUUCACAUAACACCAAGUAGGAAGCAGAAAAUAUCGAUUCUCCACAAUGUCAGCGGUAUUAUCAAGCCGCACAGAAUGACACUGCUUUUGGGUCCUCCUGGUGCGGGGAAAACCUCACUGCUGCUGGCCUUAGCUGGAACACUCCCUCCAAGUCUUGAGGUAACAGGGAAUAUAACUUACAAUGGGCAUACAAUGGACGAGUUUGAGGCCCGGAGAUCAGCUGCUUAUGUCAGCCAACAUGAUCUACACAUGGGAGAGUUGACUGUUCGUGAGACGGUCAAUUUCUCUGCAAGAUGUCAAGGAAGUGGCCAUCGCUAUGACUUGCUAGUGGAAUUGUCAAGAAGAGAAAAGGAUGCAGGAAUCAUACCAGAUAAAGAAACUGAUACCUACAUGAAGGCUGCUGCUACAGGAGAGCAAAAGGCUGAUGUGGUCACAAAUCACAUACUAAAGGUCUUGGGGUUGGAUAUCUGUGCUGACACAAUCGUUGGAAACAAUAUGUUGAGAGGCAUAUCCGGAGGCCAAAAAAAACGGGUAACUACAGCUGAGAUGCUUGUAACCCCAGGACGAGCCCUUUUCAUGGAUGAGAUAUCAACCGGACUUGACAGCUCAACAACCUUCCAGAUUGUGAACUCUAUCCGGCAAACCAUUCACAUUGUUGGCGGAACAGCAGUUAUUGCUUUGCUACAACCUGCACCUGAGACAUAUGAAUUGUUUGAUGAUAUAAUUCUUCUCUCAGAUGGUCAGGUUGUCUACAAUGGUCCUCGUGAAUAUGUUCUUGAGUUCUUUGAGUCAGUUGGCUUCAAAUGCCCGCAGCGGAAAGGUGUAGCCGACUUCCUGCAGGAAGUUACAUCAAAGAAAGAUCAGAGACAAUACUGGAAACAUGGUGAUGACACCUACCGAUAUGUCCCCGUGAAGGAGUUUGCAGAAGCAUUUCAAUCUUUCCAUGUUGGUGAGGCUAUACGAAAUGAGUUGGCAGUCCCAUUUGACAAGAGUACGAGUCAUCCUGCUGCUCUGAAAACAUCAAAAUAUGGCGCCAGCGUGAGAGAGCUACUUAAAGCAAAUAUUGACAGAGAGAUAUUGCUAAUGAAAAGAAAUUCCUUUGUAUACAUAUUCAAGGCAGUUCAGCUAACACUCAUGGCACUCAUUACGAUGACCGUCUUUCUCCGAACCAAUAUGCAUCGUGACUCAGUAACAGAUGGAAGGAUAUACAUGGGUGCCCUGUUCUUUGGGAUCCUGAUGAUCAUGUUCAAUGGACUGGCAGAAGUUGGCCUAACUAUUGCAAAGCUCCCAGUUUUCUUCAAGCAAAGGGAUCUUCUCUUCUACCCUGCAUGGACAUACUCCUUGCCAUCAUGGAUCAUUAAGACUCCCCUCUCCUUGCUGAAUGUAACAAUUUGGGUCUUCAUAACAUACUAUGUUAUUGGAUUUGAUCCCAACGUAGAAAGACUUUUUAGGCAGUUCCUGCUCCUCUUACUAAUGAACGAGGCAUCAUCAGGAUUGUUCCGUUUCAUUGCCGGGCUUGCAAGGCAUCAGGUUGUUGCAAGCACCCUUGGUUCAUUCGGCAUUCUGAUAUGCAUGCUUUUGGGUGGAUUCCUCCUGGCAAGAGAGAAUGUGAAGAAAUGGUGGAUUUGGGGGUACUGGAUAUCACCCCUGAUGUAUGCACAAAAUGCCAUAUCAGUAAAUGAAUUCCUGGGUAGCAGCUGGAAUAAGCAAGCAAACCCCGGUUCAGCAGAACCACUUGGAAAACUAGUUCUAGAAUCUCGUGGACUUUUUCCUGAGGCAAAAUGGUACUGGAUUGGUGUGGGUGCCUUGUUUGGAUAUGUGCUGCUAUUCAAUAUACUCUACACUAUCUGCCUCACAUUCCUCAAGCCAUUUGACACUAAUCAACCAACAAUUUCUGAGGAGACGUUGAAGAUAAAACAAGCAAAUCUAACCGGUGAAGUUUUAGAAGCAUCAUCGAGAGGACGGGUUGCCAACACUACAGUAACAGCUAGAAGUACUUUGGAUGAGAGCAAUGAUGAAGCGACAGUAAAUUCUAGUCAAGUCAACAAAGGAAUGGUCCUCCCUUUUGUACCUCUCUCCAUCACUUUUGAAGAUAUAAGAUACAGUGUGGACAUGCCAGAGGCAAUCAGAGCACAAGGUGUCACAGAGACCCGGUUGGAACUACUGAAAGGUAUAAGUGGUUCGUUUAGGCCAGGAGUACUUACUGCUCUUAUGGGUGUCAGUGGUGCUGGCAAGACCACACUGAUGGAUGUGUUGGCUGGGAGGAAGACCAGUGGAUACAUUGAGGGCAACAUUACCAUAUCAGGUUACCCGAAGAAACAAGAAACUUUUGCUCGUAUAUCAGGAUACUGUGAGCAAAAUGACAUCCAUUCACCAAAUGUUACCGUCUAUGAAUCCCUUGCAUUCUCUGCAUGGCUCAGAUUACCUGCUGAUGUUGAUUCCUCGACAAGAAAGAUGUUUAUUGAUGAGGUUAUGGAGCUUGUGGAGCUUUCACCCUUGAAAGAUGCAUUGGUGGGAUUGCCUGGUGUGAGCGGACUAUCAACAGAGCAAAGGAAGAGGCUAACAAUAGCUGUUGAGCUUGUUGCUAAUCCUUCUAUAAUUUUCAUGGAUGAACCGACAUCUGGACUUGAUGCUCGAGCAGCAGCUAUUGUCAUGAGGGCAAUAAGGAAUACUGUGGACACAGGAAGAACGGUUGUUUGUACCAUUCACCAACCAAGUAUAGAUAUCUUUGAAUCUUUUGAUGAGCUCUUCCUUAUGAAACGUGGAGGUGAAGAGAUUUAUGUAGGUCCACUAGGACUGCACUCAUGUGAACUGAUCAAAUAUUUUGAGGAUAUCGAAGGUGUCAACAAGAUAAAAGAUGGCUACAACCCCUCGACAUGGAUGCUGGAAGUGACUAGUACAAUGCAAGAACAGAUAACUGGUAUUAACUUCAGCGAAGUAUACAAGAACUCAGAAUUAUACAGGAGGAAUAAAACUUUGAUAAAGGAGCUAAGCACGCCUCCAGAAGGUUCAAGUGACCUAUCUUUUCCAACCGAAUACUCGCAGACUUUCCUCACACAGUGUUUCGCUUGCCUGUGGAAGCAAAGUAUGUCAUAUUGGAGAAACCCUCCAUAUACUGCUGUCAAAUACUUCUACACAACAGUGAUUGCCCUGUUGUUUGGAACAAUGUUCUGGGGUGUAGGCAGAAAAAGGGAUAGUCAACAGGACUUGUUCAAUGCCAUGGGUUCCAUGUAUGCCUCAGUUAUUUUCAUGGGAGUACAGAAUUCUGGUUCAGUUCAGCCAGUUGUAUCAGUUGAGCGAACAGUCUUUUACAGGGAAAGGGCGGCUCAUAUGUACUCACCAUUGCCAUAUGCCUUGGGACAGGUUGUAAUUGAACUUCCAUACAUCUUUGUUCAGUCCUUAAUAUAUGGUGUACUGGUGUAUGCUAUGAUUGGGUUUGAAUGGACAGCUGCCAAGUUCUUUUGGUACCUGUUCUUCAUGUAUUUCACUCUAGCAUACUACACAUUUUACGGGAUGAUGGUGGUGGGCCUGACUCCGAACUACAAUAUCUCCUCUGUUGCUUCCACUGCAUUUUAUGCCAUUUGGAACCUUUUCUCAGGAUUUUUAAUACCAAGAACUAGAAUUCCAGUUUGGUGGAGAUGGUUCUACUGGAUUUGCCCAAUUGCAUGGACACUCAACGGACUGGUGACUUCGCAAUUUGGAGAUGUAACCGAGAAUUUCAGUAACAGUGGGGUGCGUAUAUCUGACUUUGUCGAAGACUACUUUGGGUACCAUCACGACUUGCUGUGGCUGGUUGCUGUGGUGGUGGUCGCAUUCCCUGUGAUCUUUGCCUUGCUUUUCGGGCUCUCGCUCAAGAUAUUCAACUUCCAGAAGAGGUAAACUGUGAGACAGCUUGAUUAAUCCCGAUGCUCAAAUAGUGCAGGCGUUGCGGAACAAUGAUUGCAUUGUAUGUAAAUAGCGUAUUCAUUAGUCAGAGCUUGUCAAGCUAGAGACAAAUUGUAUAGCUGAUAGAGGAUAUUGUACCUGUUGGUGUAAAGUUGGCCGAUAAUGCCCAAUUCCUGAGGAGAUGACAACGGGUUUAGCUUCCUGAGGAGAUGAGAGCUUUGGAGCGCUUUGAUUUUGGCUUUUGAUCACCCUGUAUAUAUACUCUGUCUCUCUUAAUUGAAAGUCUGAGCUCUUGCCAAUUUGUAAAAAAAAAAAAA